AUGGCUAGCAGUCAGGCGAGCACUCCGUCGUCCAUCACUACUCCGUAUCUGCCGAUCAAGGACAUCAAGAGCCCCGAGCAUAUCCACCCUUUUGCCUCGGUAUACUAUCGACAACACACGUUAGUCCCGAACCGCAUCACCGUCGAAGAGAGUCAACUUUGCGACGAAGGCUGGAGCAGACAUGCAUUCAGCAUGGGCAUGCCCUUUAGCGACAUUUACCGACCUCAUGCCGAGGCCCGGAAAUUCGCCCAGAAGAUGCAGAAGAGGCCUAGGAUGAGCAACAAACAACUGACAGACUCGCUGCUUCCUCUAAUCCAAACGGCGAUGAAGCCGUCGUCGAAGAAACUACACGUCGAGACCGAGGCGACUUUCCAUCCCGACGCCGUGCCCAAGGGAAGUCCCGCCGGGCGCAUGUCGAACAGUCAAACAGCUCCAUCGUGGAGCAUGCCGCUCCCAAUCCCCAAGCCGAACAUCACAGUCGGUUUCAGCUCCAAGAACUUCACCACACACGAACUCGAGUUGCAGGACGGCAUCAUCUCGGACGCCCAAGGUGAACCGUGCAAUCUGGCCAAGAUCUCCCAACCUAUCCGCGGAAGCAACACAAUGUGCUGGCCAUUUUUCAACGUCGAAAUCCAACACGACUCACUAAUGGCCGCGCAGAACGCCGCCGCGGGUUCCGGGUCGACGUGCAACAACGCGCUCGCGCUCCUCGCCGAAGCCGCAGACAACCCCCUAAUCCAGAGCCGGGGGAGAAACCUGUUUUGGCAAUCCAGACGGGCUGUCUAUUCGUUUUCCCUCUCAAUCCACAACGACUCCUCCUCAAGUGAAGAAGGCACUGGCAAAAUGGCGACACUGAACCUGCACAGCUCCGAGGGCGGCAUGUCCCAUGCCAUGGCUGCGAUCCGGACUUACGAUCUCUGCAACGAGCGAGACGUCGAACACCUGCUGACGCGACUGUGCAGCAUAUUCGUGUGGGCCGAGAACUGUCAACUCCAGCAGAUCUUCACUCUGCUAGCAACCCUCGAUGCGCUGGUCCAGCUUGAAUCAGGACGAGAGUAUUUGUCGGACAGUUUCCCUCACGAGUCAAUGGAUACAUAUACAGCCCCGGCGACUUCCCCAGGCAGUGGCAGUCUGAGCCCUGCGAGGAGGAAGCUGGGGACGAUCAAAAGUGUGCUGGCAGACCUCAGUCCGAAGUGGUUACGCGCGCAGGCAUAG